AUGGCAGCGGCGGAGGACGCGGAGGGCGACCGCGUGAUCGAGAUCGUGUCAGCGGGGGCGCUCUACCACCGCGGCGGCGACUGGGAGCGCAAAUACUGGAGCUGCUCGAGGGGCAAGGACCGGUACCCUUACCCGGUGGGUUACCAUGCUGUCCGCCAUUUCACCGGAAUAUCCUAUGCCAUGGAAAUCCAACAGGGGCCCAAGGGUCCAAUAUUCCUGGUUACAUCCACCGAAGGAGACUCAGCGACAGGGCAGACCCCUGAUAUCGCUUGGAAGAACUUCCAGAAAAAGACUGGGGCUAAAGUGAAGAACUGGCAGAGGACAAAGAGCUUCCCUCAAAAGAUUGAUGGUGCUGAGCUUUUUGGGUUCAAAAAUGCAUCUAUUCAGAGAUUGCUUCGUGAGCUUAUAGUAGAUUCAACUGGAGCAGUUGAACUUAACCUGCCUUGUGAAGUCGCUUCGGAGGCUGGUGCACAUUUAGUUCAUAAUAAAGAUGCAUCUGAUGUUUCUGAGGCUGAAGAUCUAUCCGUUUGCUUAGGCAUGGAAAGUGGAACUCCUAAAAGAAGUAUAGAGCCCAGCCAGGUGGAAAAUACCUUGAUAGUCCACUGCCCGGACAUGUUAACUUCAGUUGAUAAGUGCAAUGUAUCCACACAUAAAAAUACAAACGAAGGAGAUACUGUAGGUAGAGCACUUUUGCAAGAUGUCUCUGAUUCAAGAUGUGCCCUUCCAUUGCUGGAAGAAGUCCCUAACAAUGCACAAUCCACUUCUCUUGAUGAUAAUUUGGGAGAGCCUUCCCUAGUUUCAUCUCAACAAGUUGGUUUAUCUUCUGGUUCUUAUUCGAGCCCUGAAAAGUCUAAUAUAGAAUUAGCUGAGAAGGAAGUAGCAAAGUCUAUGAUGUCUAUUUUGCUUCCCCAAGCUAUUCCCCUUCUCAUGAAAACUUACAAAGGGAAGAAAUCCAAGCAUAAAAAUAAAGAAACCUCUACUGUUUCGGCGAAAACAGUUUCAGCUUACAAUCCAUCUGAUAGUUGCUGCCAAGGUGUAACUGUACCAACAAUUAUGGGUGAAGGUACAAAUGAAAAUAGUUCUGGAAUGUGUGACCAUGCGGGAUCUCAUCAUGACAUGGUUAAAAAUGGCUUUGCCAAUGAUGACUGCAGAAAUGAUGACUCAGUGGUUAAAUUAGAUGAGAUGAGUGGUUAUGUUGUUGCAGAUAGUUUUGAGGAUGAUGCACAAAUUUUGGGUGACAAUACGAAGAAAUCAAUAGGUAAUCAUCAUCAUUAUCCUGAGGAUGUGUGCUCUAGGGGACCUAAUGAGAAGUUGAAGUUGCUAAAUGGCAAAAGUGAAGUUUUUGAGUAUCAGGCGAGUGUACAUAAUGGCAAAAAUGCACCUGAUGUGGUAUAUAAUCAUGAAAAUGGACAAUAUAUUUUGUCUGAUUCGCUUGUUGCUUGUCUAGAGGAUGAGUUCGGUGGGGAAGAUAGUUCCAACCCUGCAAACUACAACCAGUUUAUUGGCGAUGUUAAACAAUCUGAGCAGCAAUUUAAGGAGCUUACAAAUGUUAUAAAAAAUGACUCAUCAGUUUCGGUGGAUGUUUCAUACCACAAGAACACUGGUAAUGGAUCAAUUGAUGUUUGUGCACAAGCUUUUGUUAGACAUGGUUCAGCAGUUUCGAGGAAUGAGGAGUGUUUAGCAAAUAUCUUGCCUGCUCCAGUUCAUUCUAAUGCACAUAAUGAUGUUGUAAAGUGGGGUAAGCGUUAUGUGAGUUCAACUUUGAUUUUGCCACCUGCGAGUGAGGCAAAAUCAUCUUUGUUGGUCAUGCGAGAUGAACAACAUCAUACUGAAGUGCCAGCAAUUGAUCAGAAGGAAAAUAGGUUCCAUAGUGUAAGCUAUAAAUGUACAAAAUCUGAUGACAAUACUAGUUUUCAUUCUGAGAAUGUUGAGUUUGUUGACAAACAUGUUGCUUUUGAGUCAUCAGACAAAGGCAUGCAUUCUAGUGAUGGGUCACAAAGAGUAAGCACCACUAAAGGUUGGCCUGUUGGUGACAGAGUUAAAGCAGAUAAAGGAAAUUCGCUUGGCAAAGUGGAAGAAUGUCAAAUUGGAUGUAAAAAUGGUAAUAAGAACACGAUGCUAUCUGUAUGUGGGGAAGGCAAUGUUUGUGAACACAUACCUCCAAAGGGUGAAAAUGAUGUUUUUCAUCACCAACCAGAUAAUGCCCUUUCUAUGACCAAUUGUACACAUGGUUUAGUAUCUGCAUACACAAGAACACAAGCAAGAAGGUCAGAUCAUCACCUAGAGCUGGUGGGAUGCUACCUGCACCCAUUGCCUGUCUUGUCUGUCAUGUUAAAUGCUAAAAAUCAUAACAGCGUCUAUAUUUAUGUAUUGUGUGGCCUUUUGGAGAGCUGCCAAAGAUUCCUUUAUGUUUACACUAUCACUCCUAAAGACCAGAAAGAUGCGCCACCAUGUUUUGUUGGUUACACUCCCCUUGUACUACCCACCUUGGACCAUUCUUCAACAGGAAAUUUUCCGUUUGGAAGAUCUGGUUUGCAUUUUACACCUGAUGGCCAGUUUCUGGUCCUCCUGAGCAGCAUCAGAAUACCUUCUUGCAGGAUACAAAACAUUGAUUGCUUGUGCUCGGUGUGCAACUUGGGCCGAUGCGAAGAUAAUUCUUUAAAAAUUGUAUCCGUUAACUUGGGUUAUGUUUCACUUGUAACCAAUUUGAUGCCUUAUGGGACAGUGUCGUGCAUUCUGAUAUUCGAACCAAAUUACAUUGUAGCUACUGAAGAUAGCAGAAACUUGCAUAUCUGGGAAAUGGUCGAUGGGUGGAGUGAGAUAUCUGAGCAGUAUGUGAUUCCUAGUUUGGGUAACAUGGGUCCUGUACUGGAGCUUCGAAGGAUGCCAAAAAGCACAUCUCUCAUUAUUGGCCAUGAUGGCGAAGUGCCAAAGGGAAUUAUUGCAGUCACUGUUGAUGUGGUAGUUAUCUUUGUUAGGGAUUUGGUGGUGGCGCCGGAAGCUGCUCCUCUGCUUGCUGUGACUGGGCACUGGGCGAGGUCGCGAACGCGAGGGCCUGAGGACGAGCCGCAAGCGCUGGCCUGA